AUGACGGCACAGCACUGCAACUUCAACGACCUCGACACCGUGCUACGGGACCGAUUCGUGUUCGGACUGCAGAACGACACGGUGAAGCGGCGACUACUGGCGAAAAAAGAGGUGUCUUUCACCAGUGCUAUCGAGGAAGCAGUCGCCGCGGAGGCCAUUGCCCGGGAAGCCAGCCUACCCUCGUUUCAAACCACGAACACGUCGCGUUUCGAGCCCAUGCACCAAGGGACGACGACUGGCGAUGAUGGCGAGCAAGACACCUCCGAAAACAUUCUUCGGUUACGUGCGAGCCCCACUCAGCGACGGGACACCGAGAGAUUGGGGGGCGGCCCCUGCGCCAGCUGUGGAGGCCCGCACGAACGCCGCCUGUGUCGGUUCCGGGGUGCCCAGUGCAGGGAAUGUGGAAAAACCGGGCACAUUGCUAAGGUCUGCCGGUCCCGGAGACAGCUUAGCCCACGUCGGAAUGCCAGAGACCAAGCCCGGACGCAACAAUUCAAGACCACUCCUCGCACAAACAUUUCAUACUGCGACGACUUGGCAGUUACUGCUAUCAACGAAGUGUCUAAACCUGCCAAGAGGAAGAUACAUCCACUUGACGUUAUCAUGAGGGACUAUCAAGCCAACCGUAUCGCUGUACGUGGAGUUGGUACCGUCCGAGUGCAGUUCAAAGAUUUUGACGGCCCACUGCGCCUGGUCAUUGUCAAGGGCGAGCGCCCAAGUCUUCUCGGGCUGGAUUGGUUUCCGGCACUCGGUAUCAAUAUCACGGGAGUGCAACGCAUCGAUCAGCAACCAUCCUCACUUGACAACAUAUUCCGGGACUUUGCCUCUGUGUUCGACAGGACGUUGGACUGCUACAAGGGACUGCCCGUGCAGUUUGCACUUAACCCUGAGGUUGUGCCUAUCCGCCUGAAAGCAAGAAGGGUUCCUUUCGCACUGCGACCAAAAAUCGACGCCGAACUGGACAAACUGAUACAACAAGGAAUCCUAGAGCCGGUUGACCACGCUCAUUGGGAAACCUCUAUUGUUACACCACUGAAGGCAAAUGGGGACGUCCGCAUCUGUGCAGACUACAAGUGCACCAUCAACAAAGCCUUGCAGCAGCACUCGUAUCCGGUACCAGCUGUCAACCACCUGCUGGCAUCCCUCUCUGGUGGAACUGUCUUUGCGAAGCUAGACUUGGCACAGGCGUACCAACAGCUCCCAGUGACUGAUGAAUCUGCAGAGGCACAGACCAUAGUGACGCAUCGGGGUGCUUUUCGCGUUCGACGAUUACAAUUCGGUGUCAGCGUCGCACCUGGCAUCUUCCAGAGUUUAACGGAGAACCUACUACGCGGACUACCAGGCGUCAUUCCAUAUUUUCAUGAUGUCCUCAUUUCAGGUGCAUCACACCAGGAAUUGCUUAGUCGCCUUCGAGAGGUUCUUCAGUGGUUCCAAGAUGCAGGGCUUAAGGUCAAGGAGGAGAAAUGCCAGCUAGGAGUUACUCAAGUGGAAUUUUUAGGUUUCCGAGUCGAUGCUGAGGGAAUCCACCCCACACUGGCCAAGACGCAAGCCAUCCUUAAUGCACCGCGGCCGUUGAACAGAGCCGAGCUACAGGCCUUCCUGGGUCUUCACAAUUUCUAUCAUGCAUUCCUUCCACACAAGGCCACUGUCGCUGAACCCCUGCACCGUUUGUUGGACAAGAAGGUCCCCUGGCUGUGGGGAAACCUACAACAAACUGCGUUCGACAACGUGAAGAAGCUACUGGCAUCCAACCAGGUGCUGACACACUUCGACGAGAAGAAGCCAGUAAUCCUUGCCUGCGAUGCGUCCCCGUAUGGAAUAGGAGCGGUGUUGAGUCACAGAAUGCCGGAUGACACGGAAGCACCAAUCGCUUUUUAUUCAAGAACAUUGUCCCCUACGGAGCGGAAUUACGCUCAGAUCGAUAAGGAGGCACUCGCUGUGGUUGCCGGAGUAAAGAAGUUCCAUGACUACGUAUUCGGCCGCCCAUUUCAGAUCCAUACAGACCACAAGCCGCUCCUGGGGCUCUUCACAUCAGACCGGCAAACGCCACAGAUGCUUUCACCGCGAAUGUUGCGUUGGUCCAUUUUUCUGAAUGGAUACCAGCAUACUCUCCACUACCGACCAGGAAAACAGUUAGGCCACGCAGAUGGUCUCAGUAGACUACCCCAAGCGGACCAGUGCCAGGAUGACCCUUCGUCAGCGGAGGUCGCCAUGCUUCUGGAUGUACUUCCAGAAUCUCCAGUCCAUGCAGACGAUGUGGCGAAGUACUCCUCCAAGGACGCUAUCCUCUCCCGCGUCCUCAACUGGGUGUGGAAGGGGUGGCCAAGGUGCGCUCCGAGUUGCGAAUUCACACCAUUCGUGUCCAAACAACAUGAGCUGUCCGCCCACAAGGGAUGCUUACUGUGGGGUGACCGUGUGGUGAUUCCACAGGAGCUUCGUUUCCGGGUCCUCAAAGCUCUGCAUGUCGGACACCCCGGCAUCGUCAGAAUGAAAGCGCUUGCCCGCAGUUAUGUAUGGUGGCCCGGCAUGGAUGCAGCCAUUGAGGAAUGGGUCCGGCGAUGCCUUCCUUGCCAGGAAACACGGCCCGAGAUGCCGCGGGCACCUGUGCACCCAUGGGAGAUGACCCGGACUCCAUGGUCACGCCUGCACAUUGAUUUCGCUGGUCCAUUCCAAGGACAGACCUUCUUGAUUGUGGUGGAUUCUUAUUCCAAAUGGCUGGAGGUCAUGCCAAUGUCGUCAAUGACAUCGAGUGCUGUAAUCACUACCUUACGAAGAUUGUUUGCAACUCAUGGCCUGCCAGAUACCCUCGUUUCAGACAAUGGCCCGCAAUUCACAUCCACAGAAUUUCGAGGAUUCCUGGAUGUAAACCUCAUCCGCCAAGUGACAUCUGCACCGUUCCAUCCAUCCACGAACGGGCAGGCUGAAAGGAUGGUACGGACCACCAAAGAGGCAUUAUCUCGGAUAAUCCGAGGAAGCUGGGCACAGCGCCUGGCAGACUUCACUCUACAGCAGCAUGUAACUCCCCACACAGUCACGGGAUGCUCCCCGUGCGAGUUACUGAUGGGCCGCCGACUGUCUACCAUGCUGGACCGGCUGCACCCAGACCAGGCCCCUGAAAAGUCCUCCCGGUUGGCAGAAGCUCUGCCUACACCACGCACAUUCCAGCCCGACGACCCUGUAUUUGUACGCAACUACAGCCAGGGCCCACCAUGGGUACCUGCUGUGAUUUCCAGAGCAACUGGUCCGAUCUCUUAUGAGGUGGUUUUUCCGGACAGCCGUGUGUGUCGCCGGCACAUGGACCAGCUUCGUCGUCGGAGCAGCAGUCCCAUGAGGUUAGCCGAAAGCGUACCUGAAGGAGGACAGCCUGAGGUCCGACCUGCGUCAAACCCUUCACCUGUCGGAGUGAGCUGCAGCAAGACACCAGAUCCCAGUGAAACCGAGGAGCAACCAAGAGUCAUGCUACCUUCGGACGACACAGCAGCGCCUCAGCCAGCAACAACAGAGCAAAGUGUAGAAUUGCCGGGGCCACGCCGUUCGCAGCGUUCCCGUAAGACACCCCAACAUUUUCGGGACUUUGUGCUGGCAUUGGCGGACUGUUGA